GUUGUUUUUUGGGUUCCUCUACAAUGCCUACUCACUGAGGGGCUCUGGUAUUUGUUGCAGGACCGACCUAUGUAUAGUAUCUUGUUUAUGCCUUUCUUUAGGAUCCUUGCCUGAUCCUUGAGAGGUGUCGAGGCUCACGAAGGGAAAGGCUGCCUUGUCGCCUGGUAGCUAGCUAUCUGUUCUACCACGACGACAACCAGCUGGAGUAGCAAUGUAGCAAAUUACACGUCAAUGAACAGUAGAAGUGGCGGAACAAACACGAUUAACCUCGGAUAUAGAGGAACGAAGAAGGUAAGACCACUUCAACGGCUGCAAGACACAGUGGGUAGUGUGUUAGGGUACGUGGGUAGGCGGAAGUGCACGGAAGGGAGACAACAGACACAGUCAGACCCCAAAGGCCGCUCACAAAUUCCAAUAACCAGCCAGAUACGAUAUGCAAGGGAGGGUCGAUCACUGAUCUGCUAUCCGUAUGAUAAACUCUGCGCUCGAGCAAUCAGAAGCAAGAACCGAAAGAGAUUAUUGACAAGCGGUCGAAGUCAAUUUUAUCAUUUUCAUCGUGCACGACCACUUGGGGUCGCACUCCCAUGGACUGUCAAUUCAAUUGAUUUCCCACGGAUUAAAACCGAGGCACGGCCAUUUAUUCUGAUGACCGUACACAGAACAAAAGGUCAGACAGCGGAUCUUUUUGGGGGCAGAAGGACCCGCAUCAACUCCGAGGGGAGAUGUGUCUGUUCCUUUGCUGCUGCAUGGGACUGGAUCCUCGUGUGUGAGACAUUAAGGAGGGGGUGGGAGAUUUUCCCUUCUGUAAGUAAGUACGAUGUCGCACAGGAAAAUGUGCAUUUGGAAAUGCUGGCAUCCUCCUAGAAUGGAUGGAUACAUGAGAUCCCAACUAUGCUGCAUCGAUCGAGAUUUCUUUGAAUAUUCUCUGCUUUCGCAUUGCGAGGGGAGGGGAAAGGAUGAUUACUUCCGGUUGGUCUAGAAAAAAAAC